AUGUUAAAAAGGAAAGCAUUUUAGAAUGAAAAGCAUUUGAACAGUUCAUAACAAACGCUGUGCGCUAAAAAUUAAUGAAAAUACAAAAAACAAUAAACAUCAAUUGAGACAUUUAAUUGUUAUAUAUAUACCAAGCCAGAGUUUACCAUUAUUCCCCUCUAUAAACUAACCAAAAAUAUCAAUAAAUCGCUCCAAUUCAGUAUUUUACGUGGGCAAACGUUUUGCCUGAUUAGUUUUUAAGUGUACUACGUCCUGAGGCGGACAAAAUGGCGCCGACUACGACAAUUGAAACCAUAACAAUCACAAGACCCCUCAAGGUGAUUGCAUUUAUUUGCGGAGUCAUCGUUGUGGUAUUGAUGAUUAUGGCCCUGGCAUCCACAGAUUGGCUAAUGGCAGCCGGUUGGCGGCAGGGUCUCUUUGUGCAUUGCAUCGAGGAUGAUUCAGCUUCACCGCUGCCAUUUAAUAUACAGGAUCCACCAGGCUGCUAUUGGACCCGUGAUAUUGGCUACAUCAAGGCAACUGCAGCGCUAUGCAUUAUCACAUUGAUAACGGACGUCAUAGCCACAGUGUUGACUGGACUGGGCCUAAAGACACAGAAUCAUAAUAUUAAAUACAAAUUUUAUCGAAUAGCAGUGCUAGUAAUGCUCGUCUCACUAUUGGCCGUGCUCUCUGCUCUGAUUGUCUAUCCAGUGUGCUUUGCAGGCGAACUCACAAUGGCGAAUCGACGCGUUUGGGAGUUUGGCUGGGCCUAUGGCGUGGGCUGGGGCGCUGCAAUAUUCUUGUUUGGAGCAGUUGUUCUGCUGCUCUGUGACAAAGAAUCAGAGGAGAUCUAUUAUAAGGAGAGAAAAAUUGUACAUGAAAACCAAAUGCGCGCCUAGGCAAGGCCGCACGACCUGCCUGACGUCGUUCUUUAGACAUAUAAGCAUCUAGAAACACAUUCACUCACACAUAUACACACACUCACAGACGUAUAUAAAUUUCAAAUUUGACUCACGACUCAAAAACAAACGAACACACUCAAUCAAAAUAGUGAUUUUUCGUCAUAAUGUUUAGUUAGACUUCUGAUUACGUCCAUCACAAACAAAUUUUAAGCCAAAAGAGAGAACCAUAACGACUUGACUUAAUUCUUCCCAUAGUACUGGGCAUUAGUUAGAUAAGACUUGUUUAUAUUUUAUUUGUUUUUUUUUUUUUUCUUCCAUAAGUUUUCCCCUGUGGAAAGUUAUUCUUCCAAAAAAUACAAUGGUAUAUACUCUUCAAAUCGUGUCCAACCUACCUAUCUAUAUAACAACACUUAUAUUAAAAUACAUAAUCGCAAAUCUUAUCAGCGAGCUCGACAAAAUUAUAAUCGAUUUUUAGUCUAUUCUUUGGCACCAAUAUGACGAAAGCGAAACCAAAUUGUACUUUUAUGAAACAAUAUAUA